AUGACAUUCAUAAAACCAAUUCGAAGAGUAUAUACACAAGAAGAUUUAGAGAAAUGGAUAGAUUCAAAAACUUAUAAUGAAAUUUUGAACUUUAUAAUUGAAUUACAAGAAUCAGUAUUAUCAAAACCAAAUGAUUUCCUUGAUACUACAUCAAAUAAUGAAAUAAUAUCAAAACUACUAAAUUUAUUUAAUGAAAUUGAUAAAAUAAUAGAUAAUAAUCCAAUACAUCCUAAAAAUAAUGAUUCAAGAUUUGGUAAAAUUGAAUUUAAAGAUUUUUAUAAUGAGUUAAAUUCCAAAAUAGAAGAUUUAGUUACACCAAUUUGUUCAACGGGAAUAAUUGAAACUUCAACUUAUUUAUUAAAUUCAUUUGGUGAUUUUAACAGGAUAGAUUAUGGAUCAGGUCAUGAAUUAAAUUUUAUUUGUUUCUUGUUAUCUUUACAGAAACUUGGAGUGAUACACAAGGAAGAUUAUACAUCAAUUAUACUACAAAUAUUUACAAAAUAUAUGUCAAUUAUGAGAAAAUUACAAAAAAAAUAUUGGUUAGAACCAGCUGGUUCACAUGGAGUUUGGGGAUUAGAUGAUUAUCAUUUCCUACCUUUUUUAUUUGGUUCUUCUCAAUUAACAAAUCACCAGUAUUUAAAACCAAAAUCUAUUCACAAUGAUGAAAUUAUUGAACAAUUUCAAAAUCAAUAUAUUUAUUUUGAAUGUAUUUAUUUUUUAAAUCAAAUAAAGACUACAAAGAAUAAUAAUGAGAAGCUAAGUUUAAGAUGGCAUUCUCCAAUGCUUGAUGAUAUUUCAAGUGCAAAAUCUUGGUUAAAAAUUAAAGAAGGUAUGAUAAAAAUGUAUAAAGUUGAAGUAUUGGGGAAAUUACCAAUAAUUCAACAUUUUUUAUUUGGUUCUUUAUUAAAAUGUCCCGAAGGUAUACCUGAGCAUAGCGAUGAAUCAACGAAUGACGAUGGGUGUGGUCAUACACAUCAACAUGAUGUUAUAAAUACUUGGGGAGAUUGUUGUGGAAUAAAAAUUCCAAGUGCUAUCGCAGCUAGUGAGAGUCUAAAAUUAGAAAGAAAACAAAUUCCAUUUGAUUAA